AUUGAGGCUUCAUAAAAUAUAUUUACUCACUCGAACCAAGAGGGAAUUCAGCGCGCGUACCGUCUUCAACUCAACUCUGAAAUACUUCUACAAGAUACCAGAUAUUACAAUGUCCACGCUACUGUCGAAUAUCCAAGCUUGUGAAAAUUAACGACUCUGUUCAGGGCGCUAACUAUAAAUAACGCACACGACCAACACGAUCGACCUUGGCACCAGCUGAAAAUUAUUCGCUCGACGAUAGAGCCGAAGAAAGUCUCUGCGCCCGUCAAAAUGUCGGAAUGUGUACGAGAGAUAGAGGGAGAUUUAUUUGCAGCCCCUAAGGAUCACUCAUUGGCACACUGUGUAGCUGCUGACUUGAAGAUGGGGGCAGGAAUUGCAAUCAAGUUCAACCAAACGUUCAAGAGAGUCGACGAACUAAAGGCCCAACAAGUUGGCGUUGGAGGUGUUGCCAUUCUCAAGGAUAAUCAACGAUUCAUUUACUAUUUAAUAACAAAAAAGGGAUCAUACGAUAAACCAACGUACGAUGAUCUCACAAAGUCUCUGGAAGCGAUGCGGAAGCAUAUGCUUGAAAAUGGGGCGAAACAAUUAGCGCUUCCUCGCAUUGGCUGUGGCAUAGAUGGAUUGGAAUGGACGAAGGUAAAGAAUAUUUUAAACGAAACAUUUGGGAAAGAGGGUGAUAUUGAAAUAGUAGUUUACAAUUUUGUUCCCAAGUAGAAUUUACACGACGACACCUCUAGUUGCCAUGUGUUCCUUAUAAAUUAUCUCCAAUCAUCAACCAAUAAAUGAAUUUCAUAUGAUAGAGCGUC